AUGGCGCCGGUCAAGUCUCACCGUUCGCCUCCCCGACGCGAAGCCCGCACUGGGCUUCGCCGGAGCCUUCUGCGCCCGCCUGCCACACCGCCGGUGUGCCCGUUCGGUACUCCUCCUCCCGACACGCGGGACCCGAUCUAUACACCGACCUACUCGCCGCCAGACUCGCCGACGCCGAACCGCACUGCUGAGCCGCUGCUCACGGAGAGCGUCUGGCAGCGUGUGGCGACCGUUUUCCGCGGACCUCAGCCUGCUCCGACCCCUCCCUCUCGAUCGCCCUCACCGCCUCCUGAGCUUCAGUCUGAGCCUGAGCAACGGGUGCAGAACGAUAGUCUCCCCGUCGGCGACCCUGGUCAGCCUUCGGCCCUCUAUAUCCCGCCGCCUGAUGCAUGGGCUGAGCUCCGCGCUCGGCUCACCGGCUUGCCUGAGGAGGAGGACUCCGAGAUGAGCUCCGACGUCACCUCCUCCUCUUCCGAUUCUGGCAAUGACGUUGACUCCACCCCUGAUUCGGCUUCUGUCUCCGGCACCAGCUCUUCUCUUGUCCCGGCCUCCAUCUCAGAGGGGUCUGAGGACGAGGUUGAGCACGAGCUCUCUCCUGUCCGCUAUGAUACGGGCCCUCCGCCGGCUUACGUGGACGACGCCGCGGACACUUUCCUCUUCAUGGGACGAGCCCAGCCGUUCGACCUCUCGACGUCGGAUGACGACUUGAUGCGGGAUGGCCCGCUGGUGAGAGGGGACCCGAGGCGUAGGCUUAAAUUCAUGACCCGGGACGGGGCGGACGGCGAGAUUCGCAAAACCCUCGUUGCCGCCUACUUCCCACCGUUGGCGGCCAAGCGGCCAAACUGCAACGGCUCCUACCUGAUCCCGGGAGCUGAGUCGGCAGUGGUGUACAUUGCUUUCGGUAUCGUCCUCAAGCCCGGCAUCCUGCACGAGCUUGUUAGGGAUAAGGAUGCGGAGGGUCCGGUCUCGGAUGAGGAGAGGGUCCGGAUCGCGCAGCGCUGGACCAAGACCCUCCAGUUCUUCACCCAGUGGGCCUCCGAGCGCGGAGUUAAGCGUCUCCGCACCGCUCUGCAUAUCAUGGUGCACCAUGUCCCCGACAGCAUCGACGCAGAGACGGCCUUUGUCCUCGCGUGUCAGGCCAACUGCGUCGCCGCCGCCUACGACCUCCUCGUCGAGUACCGCCGGGUGUCCUUUGUGCACUCCGGAACCCGCAACUCGCUGUUCGCCAGGGCCCUUCGCGCCAUGCCUGAGGACUGCGCUGAGCGCACCUUGCCGGAGAGCUGGAACAAGCUCUUGCCCAAGCCCUACCGCUUGGCGGUUCAGCUGGCCGGCGAGCGCUGGAACCCCAUCACGCACGGCAAGAAGUUUGCGAGGGCCCUCAUCACCCUGAGCCUUCAGCUCGUCUAUGCUACAGGACAGAAGGGCGAGAUUCACUUCCCGCGCGCUUUCGCAGUGCCCGACUCUGAGGCUUAUGGCGACGUGCGAACCGUUCACGACGCCCGCCUCUUGAGGCGCGUCUUCCAGGUUGUCGGCUUGAGGGUGUCGAAGCGACCGAACCAGUCGGGCACGUAUCUCGCUCCCGGACACCCGCGCUUCUACCAAAACAAUGCCGCGAGGAAGUAG